GUCUGGCAAAGCAUCAAUUCAGAUCACAACAUACUUGGUGGGAGCGGUGUGAACCUGCAAACUUUAAAGCACCUUCCCAACACCUUGAGGCGCAGCCAAUGCGCUAGCACUCGGAAGUUGCCUCCGACGCUGUAAUAUUGGAAUCCUUUCGUAGCGGGUCUAUCCACGGAGAGGCAGAGCCGAGAGGAGGGAGGGUUAGACGAUUGAAGAGCCGAGGUUGAGAGUGCUAAAAGCAGCGUAGUUGUUGAAGGAGGACUCGCUGAUCGGAGCGUAGAUGGAGAUCGUCUUUUAAUAUCGUGCUGGAUAAGGCAUUGCUUUCUGUAGCGUUGCCUCCUGUCGAAGACAUCAAUAGAGGAAGCGUACUUACUGCCUACACACUGGGAUUUUUUUUCCGCUUUCCGUCGCUACUGCUUAAAAGCAACAGCGCAGCGUUUCCAUUUUUUUAAACAUCAUCUUUACGGUCUUAGGAAUAUGUGUGAAUGUGGAUUCCUGGAUACAGACCAUCUGCAGUGUCAAUGCGGCUGUAAGUAGGAUAAGCAGCGACCACAGGUGCACAAUGCUUACCUCUGGAAGACAAAACUUGCACCAGGACUGGAAAAAAAUACAGAACUGAGCAUUCAACCAGGGAGCUGAAAAUUUUAUCGACUUUCGAAAUGGCAUCAAAAAUUCGGAAAUGGACUUGCUUGACCUUUUGCUUUUUGACAGUUUUAACAAGUUUAUCAGCCUCCAGGCAAACUGUGCCUGUCAACAAGGAAUUCAGUACUUUCCAUUUAGAAAAUUCUGAGUGGACAUUCAACCAUUUAGCAGUGGAUGUAAAAAAUGGCAAUGUUUACUUAGGUGCUGUUAACAGAAUCUAUAAACUUUCCAGUGACUUGAAAGUCCAGGUGACCCACCAAACUGGGCCAGAUGAUGACAACCCUAAGUGUUAUCCACCGAGAAUAGUCCAACCAUGCAAUGAGCCACUGACCUUGACCAAUAAUAUUAACAAAAUGCUGCUGAUAGAUUACAAAGAAAACAGAUUACUAGCUUGUGGGAGUCUUUACCAGGGAAUAUGCAAACUGCUAAGACUUGAUGACCUCUUCAAACUUGGGGAGCCAUCUCAUAAAAAGGAGCACUACCUCUCUGGAGUGAAUGACAGUGGUUCAGUGUUUGGAGUAAUUGUCUCCUAUAAUUAUUCUGAUGAUAAACUUUUCAUUGCUACAGCUGUGGAUGGGAAACCAGAAUACUUCCCCACUAUAUCUAGUCGGAAGUUAACAAGAAACUCAGAGGCUGAUGGGAUGUUUGCCUAUGUGUUUCAUGAUGAGUUUGUGGCUUCUAUGAUCAAAAUCCCUUCUGAUACUUUCACCAUCAUACCUGACUUUGACAUCUAUUAUAUUUAUGGAUUCAGUAGUGGCAAUUUUGUUUACUUUAUGACUUUGCAACCAGAAAUGACCAGUCCUCCUGGGUCUACAACAAAGGAGCAAGUCUAUACCUCAAAACUUGUGAGACUCUGCAAAGAUGACACAGCUUUCAAUUCUUAUGUGGAGGUUCCUAUUGGCUGCGUGAAGAAUGGAGUUGAAUAUCGUUUACUUCAAGCUGCUUACCUGUCAAAGGCUGGUGCCAUUCUGGCCAAAUCACUCAAGAUCAAUGCCGAAGAUGAUAUUCUUUAUACAAUUUUCUCAAAGGGGCAAAAACGAAGGACCAAAACCCCAGAGGAGUCUGCUCUUUGCAUUUUCAUUCUAAAAGAGAUUAAUGAGAAAAUCAAAGACAGAUUGCAGUCUUGCUAUAAGGGUGAAGGAACACUGGAUUUGGCUUGGCUUAAAGUUAAGGAUAUUCCUUGUAGCAGUGCUCUUUUAACUAUUGAUGACAAUUUCUGUGGAUUGGAUAUGAAUGCGCCACUGGGAGUUUCUGAGAUGUCAAAAGGUAUACCUGUGUUCACAGAGGAAACAGACCGGAUGACCUCUGUUAUCGCCUACGUCUACAAGAAUCAUUCUCUCGCUUUCAUAGGCACAAGCAGCGGAAAACUGAAAAAGAUCAGAGUGGAUGGACCUUCUCAUGGGACUCUUCAAUAUGAGACCAUUCAAGCAGUUGAAAGUAGCCCAAUUUUGCGAGACAUGGCCUUUUCUGCUGAUCACAAGUACUUAUAUCUAAUGUCUCAAAAGCAGCUGACUCGGGUGCCAGUGGAGUCGUGUGGACAGUAUUCUACCUGUAGUGAGUGUCUUGGCUCUGGGGACCCCCAUUGCGGAUGGUGUGUGCUCCAUAAUGUAUGUACCAGAAAGGAGAACUGUGAACGUUCCACGGAACCCCGAAGAUUUGCAUCUGACAUCAAGCAGUGUGUGAGGCUCAGUGUACACCCUAAUAAUAUUUCAGUUUCACAGUACAGCGUGCUGUUAAUUUUGGAAGCUCAUAAUGUUCCAGAGCUUUCUGCUGGGGUAAACUGUACAUUUGAAGACUUGGCAGAGAUGGAUGGAUUGGUAGUCGGGAACCGAAUUACAUGUAUCUCACCAGCAGAGAAAGAAGUGCCUCGAAUCAUUACAGAUAAAGGAGACCACCAAAUUGUCCAACUUUACUUGAAGUCUAAGGAAACUGGACUUGCAUUUGCUAACACAAGUUUUGUCUUCUUCAAUUGUAGCGUCCACAAUUCGUGCCUGUCCUGUGUGAAUAGCCCCUAUCAGUGCCACUGGUGUAAAUAUCGUCACAUGUGUACUCAUGAUCCACGGAGAUGUUCCUUUCAGGAAGGAAGAGUCAAGCUGUCUGAGGAAUGUCCUCAACUUUUACCAGCAGAGAAGAUUCUUGUUCCUGUUGGAGUGGUGAAGCCAAUCACCCUUAAAGCCAAGAACCUUCCCCAGCCCCAGUCAGGUCAGCGUGGCUAUGAGUGUGUCCUCAAUAUCCAGGGGACAGAGCAGCGGGUACCAGCACUGCGGUUUAAUAGCUCCAGCGUUCAAUGCCAGAACACAUCUUACUUCUAUGAAGGAAUGGAGAUUAACAGCCUCCCAGUAGAUCUAAUGGUGGUGUGGAAUGGUGACUUCAGCAUUGACAACCCUGCCGAAAACAAAGUACAUCUUUAUAAAUGUGGGGCCAUGCGGGAGAGCUGUGGUUUGUGCCUGAAGGCAGACCCCCACUUUGGCUGUGGCUGGUGCAAAGCAGAGGACAGCUGUACCCUGAAACAGCACUGCCCUCAACCAGAGAACCAGUGGCUGGAGCAUUCAGGGAUCAACACUAAGUGCACCAACCCCAAAAUUACAGAAAUAACUCCAUUGACUGGUCCUAGGGAAGGUGGCACAAGGGUAACAAUACGUGGGGAGAACCUGGGACUUGAGUUCAAGGAAAUAGUGGGACACGUAAAAGUGGCUGGAGUGGAUUGUACCCCAGUGCCGGAUGGGUAUAUUCCUGCAGAACAGAUUGUAUGUGAGAUGGGGAAAGCCCAGCACAGUCAAUAUGCUGGGUAUGUGAAAAUUUGUGUCGGAGAAUGCAGGCUAGAAUUUACGGCGCAGUCGUAUCAUUUAUAUUACUUUGUGAUUCCCAAUCUUCUGGACUUGAAACCGAGCAGAGGGCCAAUGUCUGGGGGCACAACUGUCACCAUUACUGGAAGUAAUCUAGAUGCAGGAAGUAAAGUGCAGAUUAUGUUUAAAGACCAGAUGUGCAUUUAUCAUAGGAGAGCAGCUAAGGAAAUUGUUUGCAAAACCCCUGCCUGCCUUGGAUGUGGGAAUGUAAGUGUGUCAGUAAGUGUUGACAGGGCCAAAAUUCACAAGGAACUUCAAUUUGAAUAUGUAGAAGACCCCACUAUCACUAAACUGGAGCCAGAGUGGAGCAUUGUCAGUGGCAACACACCUGUAAUCGUUUUUGGAUCCAACCUGGAUAUCAUUCAAAAUCCCCAGAUCAGAGCCAAGUACAACAAAGUGGAGACCGUCAAUACUUGUGAAGUGCAGAGUGCCACUUCCAUGAUAUGCCAAGCGCCUGAACUUGCUGUUAGUCCAAGCUCAAAUCAUAUGGCUGAUGUGACAGAGCGACCAGAUGAAUUUGGCUUCAUUUUAGACAAUGUGCAAUCCCUGAGCAUAUUGAAUAAUACUAAUUUCAUUUUUUAUCCAAAUCCUGUGUUCGACCUUUGGGGUCCAUCUGGAGUUUUGGAAUUGAAACCAGGAUCACCUAUUAUAUUAAAAGGAAGAAAUUUCCUACCACAUGCUUCUGGUGGAAAUUCCAGGUUGAAAUACACAGUCCUUAUUGGGGAAAAGCCAUGUACUCUGACAGUGUCUGAUACUCAACUUUUGUGCGAAUCACCUAAUCUUACUGGAAGACAUAAGGUGCAGGUUUAUGUUGGUGGCAUUAAGUUCUCUCCUGGAGUGGUGCACAUUUCCUCAGACAGCCCUCUCAGCCACACAGCAAUCAUAAGCAUUGCAGGAGCUGGUGGGCUGCUCAUGAUCUUCAUUGUGGUAGUGCUAGUUGCUUACAAGCGCAAGUCAAGAGAGAGUGACCUCACCCUCAAACGCCUACAGAUGCAGAUGGACAACCUGGAGUCACGGGUGGCACUGGAAUGCAAAGAAGCUUUUGCUGAAUUGCAGACUGAUAUUCAUGAAUUGACCAGUGAUUUGGAUGGAGCUGGUAUUCCAUUCCUUGAUUACCGUACCUACACCAUGAGAGUUCUUUUUCCUGGGAUUGAAGAUCACCCUGUUCUUCGAGAUCUGGAGGUCCCUGGAUAUAGGCAAGACCAGGUGGAAAAGGGUCUUAAACUUUUUGGGCAACUGAUCAACAACAAAUUUUUUCUCUUGUCAUUUAUUCGAACUCUGGAGUCCCAACGCAGCUUCUCUAUGCGGGAUCGUGGAAAUGUUGCUUCACUGAUAAUGACUGUUCUGCAGAGCAAACUGGAAUAUGCUACUGAUGUACUCAAGCAAUUGCUUUCAGACCUUAUUGAUAAAAAUCUGGAGAGUAAAAACCACCCAAAACUACUAUUGAGAAGGACUGAAUCUGUUGCUGAGAAAAUGCUGACCAACUGGUUCACUUUUCUGCUGUACAAGUUCCUCAAGGAAUGUGCUGGAGAACCUCUUUUCUCUUUAUUCUGUGCGAUCAAACAGCAAAUGGAGAAGGGGCCCAUUGACUCCAUCACUGGUGAGGCUCGCUAUUCACUCAGUGAAGACAAGCUCAUCAGACAGCAAAUAGAUUACAAGACACUGGUUUUAAAUUGCAUUAACCCUGAUAAUGAAAAAAGCCCUGAGAUUCCAGUUAAAGUGCUAAACUGUGACACCAUAACCCAAGUAAAGGAGAAAAUCCUUGAUGCAGUCUACAAGAAUGUACCAUAUUCACAUCGACCAAAAGCAGCUGACAUGGAUUUAGAAUGGCGAGAGGGGAGAGCAGCAAGAGUUAUCCUACAAGAUGAAGAUGUCACCACCAAGAUUGAGAAUGACUGGAAGAGACUAAAUAUGUUGACACAUUAUCAGGUACCUGAUGGAGCACUGGUGGCCAUCGUUCCCAAGCAAGUCACGGCAUACAAUGCAGUAAACAACUCCACUGUAUCCAGGACUUCAGCCAGUAAAUAUGAAAAUAUGAUCCGGUACACUGGGAGUCCUGACAGCCUGCGUUCUCGAACUCCAAUGAUAACUCCAGAUCUCGAAAGUGGAGUUAAAGUAUGGCAUCUCGUUAAGAAUCAUGAGCAUGGAGACCAAAAGGAGGGAGACAGAGGAAGCAAAAUGGUUUCUGAGAUUUAUUUGACCCGUCUCCUAGCUACCAAGGGCACUUUACAAAAAUUUGUUGAUGACCUCUUCGAGACAAUUUUUAGCACAGCGCACAGAGGCAGCGCCCUGCCACUUGCAAUCAAGUAUAUGUUUGACUUUUUAGAUGAGCAAGCAGACAAGCAUUCCAUCCAUGACCCACAUGUUCGACACACUUGGAAAAGCAAUUGCUUGCCAUUAAGAUUUUGGGUGAAUGUGAUCAAGAAUCCACAGUUUGUCUUUGACAUCCAUAAAAGCAGCAUUACAGAUGCCUGUCUGUCGGUGGUGGCUCAGACCUUCAUGGACUCAUGUUCAACAUCUGAACACCGACUAGGCAAAGAUUCUCCAUCAAAUAAAUUGCUGUAUGCCAAGGACAUCCCCAGUUAUAAGAGCUGGGUGGAAAGGUACUAUUCAGAUAUCAACAAAAUGCCUGCUAUAAGUGAUCAGGAUAUGAAUGCUUAUUUGGCCGAACAGUCCAGAAUGCACAUGAAUGAAUUCAAUACAAUGAGCUCACUGAGUGAGAUCUACUCUUAUGUUGGAAAAUACAGCGAAGAGAUUGUUACUGCUCUAGAACAAGAUGAUGCAGCAAGAAAACAGAGACUGGCCUUCAAGCUCGAACAAGUGGUUACUUUCAUGAGCAUGGAUAGCUGAAACCUGCUGUCUCAGGAAAUGCUGGAGAGGACAAACCGUGCCGUGCCUGAAUGAAGACCCGUCAUCUUGGUACCAUCAGCAAGUUCUGUUUCAGCUGCAAGCAUUGCCUCAGCACACUGUUAGCUCUGCUUUAGGCCAUUCAAGAAGAAUGCGAGUGGAGCAUCAGAACUCAUUGGAACUCUGGCUUUUGGUUGUGCAAGAAUUUUUGUUUUAAUAACUCCCUUGGAAUUAGUGCAUUUAAAAGCUCCUGGGAAAGAAAUCCUCGCAAACAACAUCUUAGUUUUAAACUUGCUGUGCUUCCAAAAAUGCAGAAAUUCUAUAAAUCUGAUGAAUGGAUGUCAAAGGUCAAGGUCAACUGGCAGAUAAAAAAAAAAUCUUCAAAUUCUGCCCCAUUUUGCUUUUUAAAAUCAGAUGGUGUCCAAAAAUAAUUACUUUAAGGAAAGUCUCUUCUUGGUAUUACAUUUUGUAAAUGUGAUUGUAAGAAACCAAUACAUUCAGUUUAUAAGUAUAGGAAAAAUCAGCCACUGAAGAAGGGGCAUAAUAAUAAUAAUAAUAAUAAUUAGUCAGUUAAAAUAGCACAAAGCAUUUUCAGUGCUGUUUCAUAUCUACCUAAAACAAAAUCAUACCAUAGGUAUGAAUGGAAAGAAAGAAAAGAAUGAUAAGGGUUAUAGUGAGUCAUAGGGAUUUUAACUUUAGAUAACAUAGGAAGAAAAAAGUAAUAAGGUCUUACACAAAUAUGAUACAAGAGUGAAAAAAGUGCUAAAUUUCACAUCCAAGAAUGAUGACAGAUUAUGAACAUGAUCAGCAAAGAUCACAUGUGGGAAAGAUUGAGAAAUCAACAAAAUGCAGUGUUUAUAAUCACCGAAGCAUAUUAAAAACCAAUUACUGUUCAAUUAAAAAAGCACUUUAAAAAAGAUAUUAAAACAUCACAUAGACAAUCUCAGUAAAAUAACUUACAUUCGGUUGAGACAUACAUUAUUUCUUAUUUGAAUAAAAAUCCCAUAGUUACACCAUCUGUAUGCCCCUAUGUUUAGCUUUGAAAAAUGCUGAUUGGAGAAUCAAUGAGAAUAUUACGUGUUUUUUCAAUACAGAAAAGUGAUAUCAAUGUGGCCGAAUCAGCACAAAUGCUUGUAUUGAGGACAGGAUGCGAUGUUUUUAAAAAAACUAUAACAAUGUGGGGUUAGCAACUGUUUGACACGUGUAAAAUGGUACAAAAAAACUAUACUUGCUGCUUUAAAUUCUGCUUUGUAACUCAUUGAUACUGCUGACAUGUCUGAAUGCAGGCCUGGGACUUUGAAACUGCCAUUUAACGCACAGCUGAUGACUUUAUGGAUAUGAAAAGAUUUUGGACAUUCCAACAGCUUACUGAAAGUUUUCAACAUACACAAAAAUGGUUGAUGUGUGUGUCUGCAUGUGUGUGUCGUGUGUGUUUAUAUAUGUAUAUAUAUAUAUAUAUAUAUA